AUGACCAUUCCCGACCUCUUCCCGCAUGGUUGCUGGGACACGCACCACCACAUCUUCGACCCCUCACAAUACCCCUACGCCCCGAACCGCCAUCUGACCCCCUACCCCGCGACCAUCGCCGACUUCCUCUCCUUCAAGCGACGCCUGGGGAUCACCCACUCCGUCCUCACACAUGGCCUCUCCUACGGUGACGACUGCACCUCGCUGACAGGCUUUACGGCGGAGCUCAACAACGCCAGCGACCAAACCACGACCAAAGCGAUCGCGGUUAUCGAUCCAGCAACCAUCACCACCGACGAGCUGCAGCGCAUGCACGCCGCUGGCGUGCGGGGCAUCCGCGUGAACCUAUACAAGUACGAGGCGUUCCACAGCCUCGAGCGCCAGAAGGUGGCGCUGCAGGCGCACGCGCAGGCGCUGGACGCCCACGGCCAGCCGCACUGGAUCAUGGCGUUCACGCAUCCGCACACGGAGUUCUGGCCGGAGCUGAGCGCCUGGCUGGCUGCAGGACACCUACCGGACACGAUCCGGCUGGUCACGGAUCACUUUGGUCUGCUCAAGUGCGCGAGUAUGCUUCCCGUGGAGUCGGGGGGGGAUAUCACCCGGCAACCCGGGUUCCAGGCGAUCAUGGAGUUGGUGCGGCAGGGCCGGUUGUUUGUCAAGCUGAGUGCGCCGUAUCGGGUGAGUAGUCUGGGUGGCGGGUAUGAGGAUGUGAAGCCGUUGGUGAGAGCGUAUUUCGAAGCGAAUCCGCGGCAGUUGGUUUGGGGGAGUGAUUGGCCCCAUACGCCGCAUAUGAAGGUUCGUACGCCCGAGGAAGCCCUCAAGCCGACGCCGUAUCUGGAGGUGGAUGAUUUGGCGUGGUUAUGGAGUCUGCGGUCGUGGCUGUCGGAGGAGGAGUGGCACUUGUUGAUGGUGGAGAAUCCACGGAGAUUGUUUGAUUGGUGA